AGCCGAUAAAAUGUAAAAAUUUGCAACAAACCAAAGUUAGCAACCAUUCCAACAAUACAAGAUGUGCCAGCUGAAAGAACACACCAAGUUGAUCUGUUUACUGUUCCUGGCAGUAGGACUUCCCUCCAGUCAUGCGGAUGUGUUUCCGCAGUGUACCAAUGUGGAUGUGGAUACCUUUGUCAUGGCCAUAGACGAUUGCGCCAGCUACAUAUAUUGCAAUGGCGAGAACUCCUUUAGGGACAGCUGCCCGAACCAAACGUAUUUCGAUGCAAAGGCACAGGAAUGCGCCUUCGACGAUGCUGGUGUUUGCUUGGAAGUUAUGGAUACAUCAACCGCAGCUGCGAUGCCUAGUGAACAUAAUGAUGAAUUGCAGACUGCCAGCACAGCGACCAGCACUGGGCCUGCAGCUACAGAGGACACGACUGCUCCAGCAGGCAGUAGGCCACAUUGCGAUGCCAGCGGCGAUGGAUAUCAUCCGCAUGCGGAGCGCUGCGAGUAUUAUUAUAGCUGCAUCGGCGGCUAUUUGACCAUAGUGCGUUGUCCCUACAACUAUGGCUGGGAUUAUGCGCAGCAGCAGUGCAAGCCCUUGUCAGAGGCGCAAUGUUUUAGCUUAUAAGCAAUUCUCGCAAAACCCUAGAUUAAUAAUAGUUUUUUGGGUUUACCCAAAUUCGCAAGGCGAGCGCUCGAGAUGACAAUAAUAAAUAAGUAUUUCUGGCAUUUUAA